ACUCUCAGAAUAUUGACCCAAUCCUCGUUUCUAAGUUUAAUGACCACAACACUGGCCCAUUCCGCUCCUUGAGAUUUGAAGCUGCCUUGGCUUCUUGUAUUUACUCCAUCCUGAUCUUGAGUGCUGCCUCUUGUCUCUGCCAUUCCACCAUUCCCCUGUAUUUCAAACUUAAAUCCUUCUUGUUGCUAACUCACAAAAUGUUUGAGUACUUGUGGUUGCCCUGUAUGGUGACUGUUGCUGCCAUCGCUCUCUCUGCUAUCCUGUUUAAAGAAUUCCUGAAGAAAAGAGCAGGUCAGAUCGCUGUAGAGGGCAGAGCAGAUAAUGAUUCAGCUGCAAAGAAUGGAACCAUGGAGAGGGCUGCUCGUACUUGCACUUCGCCACGAGUUAACGAAACGUCAACAUCUUCAGGAUAUGACUAUGAAGUAUUCUUGAGCUUCAGAGGACCGGAUACUCGAGAAGGUUUUACCGAUUUUCUCUGCACUAGUCUUAAAGAUGCGGGCAUCCGCACAUUUAAGGAUGACGAAGAGCUCCGCGUUGGGGAAGAGUUUGCCCCAGAACUUCUCAAAGCAAUUAAUCAGUCGAAGAUCUCAAUACCUAUCUUUUCGAAAGAUUAUGCCUCUAGCGUGUGGUGUCUCAAGGAGGUAGCCCAAAUGGUCGAGUGCAAGAAAAAUAAGGGACAAAAGAUCAUGCCCAUUUUUUAUGAUGUGGAUCCUGCAGAGGUUCGUUAUCAAACUGGAGGUUAUGGAAAGGCCUUUCUUUCACAUGAAAAAAGGAAGCGACACGACAAAAAGACUAUGCAAGAGUGGAAGGAUGCUCUCAGCGCAAUCGGGGCAAUAAACGGAUGGGACCUGCAUAGCGAGAAGAACAGGCGAGAAGGCGAGUUUGCAAAAAAACUCACCGAGGAGGUUUUCAGAGAAUUGAAAAAGGCUUAUUUGGUGGUAUCAGAUUGCUUGGUCAGUGUCGACAACCAUGUGGAUGCAAUCAUGGAAAUGAUUGGUGCCGAGACAAGUGAAACGCGGAUUAUAGGAAUCCAUGGGAUGGGUGGCAUCGGAAAGACGACUAUUGCCAAAAUCAUCUACAAUCAACUUUCAAAAAAUUUUGAGGGUUGUUGCUUCCUUUCUAACGUCCGUGAAACGUCAAAACUCGAGGGCAUUCACCGCUUGCAGCAUCAGCUCAUCUCUGACAUCCUCAACACGAAAUGGACGGAUAUAAGAAAUAUUGAUGAAGGGAUUAAGACCAUUAAAGACAGGUUGUCUAAUAAAAGAGUCCUCCUUCUUCUCGAUGAUGUGGAAGAAAAGGAUCAUAUGAAUGCACUUAUAGGAAAUCAUGAUUGGUUUGGUAAAGGGAGCAAACUCAUUAUUACUACAAGAAAUAAAGAUGUUCUCAUAGUUCCGGAAGUGGACUGCACUUAUGAGGUUAAUUUCAUGGAUGACUGUCAAUCUCUUCGACUCUUUUGCAAACAUGCCUUCAGAAGAGAUUCCCCUUUAGACGAGUAUAUCAACCAAUCCCAUAGGGCAAUAUGCAUUGCUGGAGGUCUUCCGCUAGCUCUAGAAGUCAUAGGCUCACUUUUAUCCUGCAAAAAUAUGAAAAUGUGGGAUGCCACAUUGAAGAUGCUAGAAAGUGUUCCUGAUGAUAAAGUUCAAAGUAAACUGAAAAUAAGUUAUGAUGCAUUAAAUGAUCGGCAAAAGUAUAUAUUCCUCGAUAUAGCUUGUAUUUUCAUUGGAUAUGAGAAAGACAUUGUGGUUCAUUUCUGGGAUGAAUCAAAAUUUCCGGAAGUAACCUUGGAAGAUUUGCAGAACAUGUCUUUGAUAAAGAUUACAGGGAAUAAUAAAGUAUGGAUGCAUGACCAGCUCAGGGAUCUUGGAAGAGAAAUGGUUCGUCAAGAAAGAAAGAUGAAAAUAGAGAAGCAAAGUAGGGUGUGGGAUCCUAAGGAAGCAUUGGAUUUGCUGAGGAGACAUGAGGGAAAAACAAAAGUUGAAGCUCUUUGUCUCCGCUUUGACCGUGAGCGGCGGUACUGUUUUACCUGUAAGGACUUUAAGAGAAUAUCAAAUCUGCAGUUUCUUCAAGUUAAUGGUUCGGAGGAAUAUUUUCGUGCCGAAGAGAGGCUUCUUUGGCACGAAUCGCCAUCAAAUAUUCUUCCAACUAAUGUUUUUCAGGAGAAUUCAGAUCUCCUUCCGCAUUUACGAUGGCUUUCUUGGCACGGUAUUCCCCCAACAUUUAAGAUUGCAAAUUUCUCCAUGGAAGAUGUGGUUAUUCUUGAUCUAUCUCGGAGUAAGAUUACGCAUGAUUGGCAGGGGUGGAGCCAUAUGGAGGUGAUGAAGAAUUUGAAAAUUUUGAAUCUGACCGGAUGCAAUUGCUUGGAGAGAACUCCCAUCUUCUUUGCUGAGGUAAAUUUAGAACGAUUGAUCCUACGGGGCUGUGAAUCAUUAACUGAAAUUGAUAGGUCGAUUUGUCAUUUGAAAAGCCUAGUUUCCUUAGAUGUAAGCUUUUGUAACAAUCUUCGGAGGCUGCCAGAAGAGAUGGGUAGAGAUCUUGUGAGCCUUGAAUACCUAUCUCUGAAAUUUUGCAAAUCGUUCGAGAGGCUUCCAAAUACAAUCGGAAAUUUGAAAUCGCUGAUUGAGUUGGAUAUAUUUGGAACGGGGAUCAAAGAACUACCCGAUUCCAUCGGAAAUUUGGAAUCGCUGAUUGAGUUGAAUACAACUUAUACGAGGAUCAAAGAACUACCUGAUUCCGUCGGAAAGUUGAAAAAUUUGAAAUUAGUAAAGAUGAAUUGGUCUGCAAUGAGCAAAAUACCUGAUGCCCUCUGGACGAUUGAGAAGCUCGAAAAAAUAGAUGCCCUAUUUGGGCGUUUGAAAGUGGAAGUGGAAAUUGGCAAUUGCAUCUAUAGAAAUCGAUCCCUAAGGAUCUUGAAAUUGUGGAAUGCUCCAAUAUACGUGGUACCGAGGCUUCCGGAAAGUCUUAUCACUCUAGAGUUGUCUAGAUUGCAUAUGGAUACGUUUCCAGAUCUCUCAAACCUGACUAAUUUAAAGGAAUUGAAGCUGUGGUUUAGCGAACAUGAUGAUGGUGGGGAAUCUGAUGGGCCUGUGGAAGAAUAUCCGAUGCCACGGUGGAUUGGGAAUUUAAGCAAACUGGAGACUCUGGACCUAGACUCUUAUUAUGUGACCCACUUACCCACGGAUUUUAGUCUCCUUCCCCGACUCCAAAAGCUUAGACUCCGAUGCCCUAAUCUGCGUUGCCUCCCAAGCCUUCCCUCCAGUUUAUUAUCCAUGGAUUUGGGCUCUCGACACAUGACCGCCUUACCCACAGAUAUUGGUCUCCUUCCUCGACUCCAGACACUUCGACUCCGAUGCCCUAAUCUGCGUUGCCUCCCGAGCCUUCCCUCCAGUUUAUUAUCCUUGUAUUUGGAGUCUGAACACAUGACCGCCUUACCCACAGAUAUUAGUAGUCUCCUUCCCCGACUCCAAGAACUUCGACUCUACGGCCCUAAUCUGCGUUGCCUCCCGAGCCUUCCCUCCAGUUUGUCAUCCUUACGUUUGAACAAUUGCAAGUCAUUUGGUUCCUUGGAGAAUCUAUCGAAUCUGAAGGAACUAUCACAUCUUCAUAUUACCGACUCUGUAAUCUCAGAGAUUCGAGGCCUUGAUGGUUCGGAGAACCUAGAUUUGCAGCUUUCGGAACUUCAACAGGUGUGGAUAUUACCUGAUCUAAGUUAUCUCAACCAACUACGGCAUCUUCGUGUGUCCUACUGCGAUAAUCUGGUUGAGAUUCAAGGCGAACUACCACAAUUUUUGGAAGAAUUGAGUAUUUGUUGGUGUGGAUCUUUACGGAAGUUGCCAGAUCUGUCAAACUUGAAGGGACUGCAAUCUGUUGAAAUAUGGCGUUGCGGGAAAUUGAAUGUGGAGUCAAUUUCUUUGCUUUGCUCGGAGAAGGCAAUCAGAUUUUAUAGAGGCAGAGACAAAUCAGUGAUCUAAGAUGACGAAUCUGGAUACGAAUUUGAAUAUGGAUAUGAGGGAGGAGACUGACGGAUAAGUGCACGUUGCUCUUGAAAGCUUCUUGAUCGCCGACCGCGAAUUGUUCCCUCGCGUGCAAACUUUAAACGAAUUGAGGUGACUUCCUUGUACUGUAAACAAUUAGAUGGAAUGUGUGUCAGAAGGUCAUAUAAUAACUAUGGUUCUCAUCCUGGAACUUUACAGCAUACUGUGAAGAAGACAGACACCCUGUAUUGAUAUGCUUAUGUUCAGUUUAUUUUCUAGGAAAGAUGUGCUUCUUAGUGGGAUUUGCAAAUAUUAUGGAGAAGUCAUAAAAUGAAGAAAGAGGAAUUUUACUUGGGUAGCGGAUCAAUAGUUGGUGCAGCAAAACUUCCACCUCCAAGGGAGCUGUGGCUAAUUGGGCAGCUGUACAAAUGAAGACCGAAUAAAGGAAAAUGAAAAUGACAUCCAAAGUGAAGUUUUACGUCCACUUUUUAAUUACUUUAUGAGUUGAUGCCUGGAAAUCUGAAAAAGUUUAUUUUCCAGGAAAGGUGUGCUUCUUAGUGGGAUUUGCAAAUGUUAUGGAGAAGUUAUAAAAUGAGGAAAGAGGAAUUUCACUUGGGUAGCGGCAUCAAUAGUUGGUGCAGCAAAGCUUCCAUCUUAACAGGAGAGGAGAACUAUUUAGCUUCGCCAAGGGAGCUGUGGCUAAUUGGGCAGCUGUAUAGAUGGAGACCGAAGAAAGGCAGAUGAUGGAUGAAAUUUGAUGUUGACCGCGUUCCCUCACAAUCUUGGGGUGGUAAACCCUGUAUUCAUCUGUUUUGGGGGGUAAAAAAGCUAUUUAGGCAAACCUGAUUUUUUUUAACUUUAUUGUGGGCCCAAAAAAUGAUUAUUACAUUUCAUCUAAAUGUGUGUUCUCUUCAUUGUUAUGCAAUAGAACUUGCUUAUCAGUA